AUGGGCAACCUCUGCUCAAAUUGGACCACUGCUGGAGCUCUACAAGUUUCCACAGUGAAUGAGGUCAUUAAAAGUGGGAGCAGCAAGCGUCUCCUUCUGUUGCAUCUGGCUGUUGCUACUCUUCAGGUCUGGUACUGGGGUGUGUCAACACCCUUCCUCAUGCUGCUUCCAACUUCCUUUUCAUUUCAGGUUACUUCCGGUUCUUUUGAUCCUAGGCUUAGAGACACUGCCCAGUUUCCUUCUCUCUAUCAGGUAGCUCAAAAGGACACAUCGCUGGCCCUUGCCAUGGUCUCCUUGAUGAUUCAUUUCAGGUGGACCUGGGUGGAACUUCUCAUUACAGAAGGUCAGAAAAGUCUUCAGUUUCUCUCAGAUAUAAAAGCAGAGAUGGACAGGAAUGGCGUCUGUGUUGGAUUUCUACAAAUGAUCUCAAAUCCUCUUAUGUCAUAUGUCUCAAAUAUGCAGCACAAAAAUAGCCUGAUCAAGGAACCAAUGUCAGUAAAUGUGGUUAUUAUUUACUAUGAUAGUGACGGUCUAAAUGAAGUCGAUGUUGAUAUCCGGCAAUAUUUAGUGACUUGGGGAGUCUGGGUGACAAACUCCCAAUGGCAUGCUGACAUGGCUGGGAGAAAUUUCAUCCUUGACUCAUUCCACGGGACUCUUAUUGUUUCACAGCACCAUGAGGAGAUUCCUGGUUUCAAAAAUUUUGUCCAGACAGCUAAUCCUCCCAAAUACCCAGAAGACACUUACCUCACUAUGUACUGGUUCCAGACUUUCCAUUGCUCUUUCUCUGACUCUGAUUGCGAACUGAAGGACUGUGCACCCAGUGCCUCUUUGGUGCAGCUGCCUGUGAAUCGUUUUGACACAGCCAUGAGUGACGGGAGUUACAAUAUAUACAAUGCUGUGUAUGCUGUGGCCUACGCCCUCCAUGCGAUGCUUCUACAGCAAGGACAAAGGGCACUCGUGGAAACCAGAGAAGCAAUGGUGUUUGCCCCCUGGCAGACUCCCCGCUGGGUGUGCAGUGAGAGCUGCAAUCCUGGACUUAGAAAAAGCCCUCGGGAGGGAAAGGCUGCCUGCUGUUUUGAUGCACCCGUUGCCCAGAGAACAAAAUCGCCAAUGACACAGGCACAGGCUCUUCAGGCUCCUACAGCCCACAUGUUCCCCUGGGGAGCCCCGCUGCUAUCAGUCACCAGCUGUGUGUCCUCAUGCCAGUCUCUUAACCUCUCUGUGUCACAUUUUCCCCACCUCCAAGAUGCUGGUAGUAAGAGAUCUCGAGAUGAUCACGAGGUCUCACACCGAGCCGUGCACAUUCACAGGAUCACUCAUCUACCCACGCACACAUCUACUCUCACAUACUCACCACAGCAGACCCCCGCCCGGACAGAGAAGAAAUGGACCAGAAGCACAGCCAGUGACCGCAGCGGCAGAGACAGAGAUCACGGCGAGCCUGAGCUUGCCAAAUGA